AUGAUUUCAAUUGUUAAUGGUACUUCCACACUUUCAUUGGUUGCUGGUAGUAAGCAAACAUUAGAUCAAGCAAUCAAUUUUUAUACCAACAUACUUGGGUUGUCCGUCCAUUCAGAGCAAAAUGACUGGACGUAUUUAUCAAACGACGACAAUAAAAUGAUUGUCAAGAUAAAAUUAGACUCCAAAUCUGGAUUAUCUCUCGAUCAAGUCAGUGAUAGAAGAACAGAGAUUAUUUCCAAAUUAAAUGUUAUUGAUUGGAGAUCGUUAGAUACCACCAGUGUCUUGAAAGUUGAAAAUUUAGUUGCUUUAAUUGAAACUUUAACCACAUUUAAUUACACUUUACAAAUCACCCCUAAUGAAUUGUACCCUAAUGAAGUCUAUUGUGUGGACCCAUUGGGCUACAUUAUUGGGUUUACUGCUUGUGAUGAACCAUUAACCCUUGUUCCACCAUUACAGAAAUCCCACCCAAAACCAGGGUUGGUUUCCAACUUGAUGUCAAAAUCAGGUUCCCAAUCAAGAAACAUUGAAGAAACUAAAGCCGUGAGAAGAAAUAUCGCUGUCAUGACUUCUGGUGGGGAUUCUCAAGGUAUGAAUGCUGCCGUUAGAGCCGUUGUUAGAGCCACGAUUUUCCAUGGAAGUAAGGCCUUUGCUGUCCAAGAAGGUUACGCUGGUUUAGUCAAAGGUGGCCCCGAAUACAUUAAGGAAAUGAACUGGCAAGACGUCAGAGGUUUCCUUGCUGAAGGGGGUACCAAUAUUGGUACUGCCAGAUGUAUGGAAUUUAAGGAACGUUGGGGUAGAUUGAAAGGGUGUAAGAAUUUGAUUGAUGCUGGAAUCGAUGGGUUGAUUGUGUGUGGUGGUGACGGGUCUUUAACCGGUGCCGAUUUAUUCAGACACGAAUGGCCUUCAUUGAUUCAAGAAUUAAAAGAUAAAGGUGAAAUCACCAAUGAACAAUUUGAGAGACACAAACACUUGUACAUUUGUGGUAUGGUGGGUUCCAUUGAUAAUGAUAUGGCCAUGACUGACGCAACAAUUGGUGGUUACUCAGCAUUAGAAAGAAUUUGUCGUGCUAUUGAUUACAUUGAUGCCACAGCCAACUCCCAUUCGCGUGCCUUUGUUGUUGAAGUCAUGGGUAGACAUUGUGGUUGGUUAGCCUUGAUGGCCGGUAUUGCUACCAGUGCUGAUUAUAUUUUCAUUCCAGAAAAACCUGCUUCCUCAAAGGAUUGGGAAGAUCAAAUGUGCGACAUUGUUGGUAAACAUAGAGCUCAAGGUAAAAGAAAGACCAUUGUUAUUGUUGCUGAAGGGGCUAUUACUUCUGAUUUGAAACCAAUCACAUCUGAUCAAGUUAAAGAUGUUUUAGUCGACCGAUUAGGUUUGGACACCAGAAUCACCGUGUUGGGACAUGUUCAAAGAGGUGGUACUGCUGUGGCUUUUGAUAGGACCUUAGCUACUUUGCAAGGGGUUGAAGCAGUUAAAGCCAUUUUGGAAUUAACUCCCGAUGUUCCAUCUCCAUUGAUCGCCAUUGAUGAAAAUAAGAUUUGUCGUCGUCCAUUGGUUGAAGCUGUCAGAAUCACCAAAUCCGUGGCUUCAGCUAUCGAAGCUAAGGAUUUCGAAAAAGCAAUGUCUUUAAGAGAUCACGAAUUCAAAGAACAUUUGGCUAAUUUCAUGGCCAUGAAUACUGCCAAUCACGAAAAACCAACUUUGCCUCUUGAAAAACGUAAGAAGAUUGCCAUUAUUAACAUAGGUGCUCCCGCUGGUGGUAUGAAUUCUGCUGUUUAUGCUAUGGCUACUUAUUGUAUGUCUCGUGGUCACACUCCAUAUGCUAUUCACAAUGGGUUUGCUGGUUUAGCAAGACACGAAUCAGUUAAACUGAUUGAAUGGAUUGACAUUGAAGGAUGGAAUAGUAUUGGGGGAUCAGAAAUUGGUACCAACAGACAAACCCCUGAAGAAACUGACAUUGGUAUGAUUGCCCAUUAUUUUGAAAAAUACCAGUUUGACGGGUUAAUUAUUGUUGGAGGUUUUGAAGCAUUUGUUUCUUUAGAGCAAUUGGAAAAAUCAAGAGCUAUGUAUCCAUCUUUCAGAAUUCCUAUGGUUUUAAUCCCUGCCACCAUUUCGAAUAAUGUUCCUGGUACCGAAUAUUCUUUAGGGUCCGAUACUUGUUUGAAUUCAUUAAUGGAAUAUUGUGACAUUGUUAAACAAUCAGCAUCAGCCACCAGAGGUACCGCAUUCAUUAUUGAUGUUCAAGGAGGUAAUUCUGGAUACAUUGCCACGUUUGCAUCAUUAAUCAGUGGGGCACAAGCAUCCUACGUUCCAGAAGAAGGUAUUUCAUUACAGCAGUUGGAAAUGGACAUCAAUUCGUUGAGAGAAGCAUUUGCUGUGGAACAAGGAAUGACAAAGAGUGGUAAAUUGAUCAUCAAGUCGAGUAAUGCAUCUAAAGUACUAACCCCAAACACAUUGGCAGACAUAUUCAAUGAUGAAUGUCAUGGAGACUUUGACACCAAAACCGCUAUUCCAGGACAUGUUCAACAAGGUGGAUUGCCUUCACCAAUAGAUAGAAGCAGAGGUGAUAGAUUUGCCAUUAGAGCUGUUCAAUUCAUUGAGGAUCACUGUGACGUUUUGACUCCAUACAGAUACGAAUUGGAUUUCCCUGUUGAUGACAAGAAGAUCUUAAACACAGCUGCUGUAUUAGGUAUUAAGUCUUCCCGUUUGAAAUUCACUUCUAUCAGACAUUUGUUUGAUUUCGAAACUGAAUUAGGCAGAAGAAUGCCAAAGACCAUUUACUGGAACUCUAUUAGAGAUAUUGCUGAUCAAUUAGUCGGUCGAACAAGACUUGAUAAGCCAUAA